AAAGUAGCGUCUCAAAUGGGCCAGUGGUUUCCCCUCUUUCUAUCACACAUACAAAUAGGGGGAAAAAAUUGACAACAGCUCACAACACCAAUACAGCUGAAACUACUAAUACCAACACGGAUGACAAAAAGAGCGGCGCUCUUAGAAAUUUCCCUUUCCCCACACAUGAAGACAACAGCAUGGAGAGAAACCUCAGCACAUCUACAAAAAUUGGCUCUAAAAGCAUUUCCCCUCACUCUCUCUCACCUACACACACAAGCAAGGUUAUUAACAUAAGCACAAACAGCCGCUCAAAAAGUCCCGCGCUUGCAAAUGUUGACACACUACAUAAACUAGCCAAUAUAUAUGACAAUAGCAGGGACCACAACCAAGGUGAAACACAACAUAAAUUUAUAACUCGCAAUACCUUUUUCCAAAACUUGUAUCCUAAACCUGACAUUUCCAAACUAAGCUUAAAAAAGAAACCCACCAUUCUCGCGGAAACUACAAAAAAUAAAAGCAUCUCCCCCCAACUGAAAGGCGCUUCUUUGUGUUCCCAUGUUCAGGCUAAUUUAAAUUUCAAAGUCACCACUACACACUCUAUGGGUAACACAUCUGCAUCCAGAACCCUCAACCGGCCUGCAGCCAAGCGGGACCUUUUUAAUUCACCCCCCAAUAGCACGAACGCACUGCCUAUGAGUUUUUCGGAAGUGGUGGCCGGAACCGGUCCAGGAAUUGUGGCAUCCUCUGAUCCGGCACCAAUUACGAAAACCCCGGGCAAGCGCCCAAAUACCAACAUGGACAUGGAUAGCUUUAGCUAUAAAACGCCCAAUAAAAAAGCAUGUGUGCCCACCAAUUUUGCGACCCCAAACCCUUUCCCCCCCCUAGCCACCCCCAUCUUUAAAAGUAAGGCGGCCAAAAGUAUUGUCGAGGAAAUAAAAGCCCCCCGCCACCCAGUCGAGAGUGAAAAGGCCUCUGCACGCAGUGCACCGGCGCAAACUGAAAUUGCCCCCCCUCCCCCCAAAAAUUCGGCUACCGAACUGCCCCCGUGGCAAAUAGUUCCACAGAGCCGCAGGGCCCCCCCUAUUCAUAUAGAAAAUGUUAGGGAAAUCGUGCCACUAUUGGAAAAGCUAAAUUACUCAGCAGGGGUAGACAGUUUUACAACAAAAACGUCUAUAGGAAACGGUGUAACUAUUCAGGCGAAAGACUUGACUGCACAUAGAACAAUUAAAGACAUACUAGCUAAAAGUGGUAUCCCAUUCUAUUCAAACCAGAAUAAAACUGAAAGGGGUUUCAGAGUUGUCAUUCGCCACCUGCACCCCACUACCCCUAGCUCGUGGAUCACUAGCGAGCUGCAAAAGCUCGGCCACCAGACUAAGUUCACAAGGAACAUGACAAACCCUGCAACUGGUGGCCCGAUGCGUAUGCAUGAGGUAGAAAUCGUCUCGGCCAUGGACGGAAGCCACCUUCGGAUCCUCUCCAUUAAACAACUAGGCGGACAAAAAGUGGAAAUAGAAAGGAAAAACAGGACGAGGGAACCGGUCCAGUGUUUCAGGUGCCAGGGUUUCAGGCAUGCUAGGAACACAUGUAUGAAGCCCCCAAGGUGCAUGAAGUGCGCUGGCCAGCAUUGGUCUAGUGAGUGCACUAAGCCAAGAUCAACCCCCGCCACCUGUUCAAACUGCCAAGGAAACCACAUCAGCGCAUAUAAGGGGUGCCCUGCCUAUAAGGCAGAGAAGCAAAAAUUAGCAGUCAACAGGAUAGAUUUUCACAAAAUUAGGACAAUAAUGGACGCAAAUAGCAACAAUAACGAACGGCAGCCCCCCCCCCCCCCCCCUUUCAACAAGACCCCCCACCUACCAUAUAGUUCCGAAAUGGCCAAAUCUCGGAAGGAAGCCGCCAGGAAAACUACAUCAAACCCGUUCCGGCAAAAUGCGAAGGACGAUAGGCCAAACCAAACGCGAUUUUCUUCACAUGAAGCUGCCAUCCAAAAACGGCUGAAUAAAUGGCGCCGACACGCGGACAAAGCAACCACAAAAAACAGGACCAACUCGAAGGACAACCCCAAGCCGCGACCCACAAAAACGACAAAAAACCCGGCACAAAGACACCUUGAGGCCUUCAACGACAAACUCCGCAAGGAAAGGAGGGAUGCUAUAGAACACACCCGCGACGAAGCUAUGACAAGCCCCAGGAGGGGUGAUGCUGGUAGCCCGCCGACAACAAGGUAUUGGAACUCAUGCGGAGUUACCAAUAAAAGAGACGAACUAGAAGCUUACAUAAAAAAAGAGGGUAUCCAGAUCAUGCUGGUAACAGAAACCAAGCUAGAACGAAAUUCUACUAUGCUUAACUUCGAAGGCUUCCACACCUACCUCGCCCAAAACCCAACAGCACACAGAAAAGGCGGCACGGCCACCAUUAUCAGCCAAACUGUCCGACACACCUGUCUAAAUCCCAUCGAAACAGACUUUAUACAAAGUGCUCCCAUAGCCCUAAUCCCCUCAAAUGGCAUCCGAGCAAAUAUGACAAUUGUUGCCCCAAUCUAUUGCCCGCCAGUUUAUAAAUGGACCCAUGAAAAUUUCCACAAACUCUUCAGCCACUUUGAAACGCUGCUGGAUGGCAAGUCCAACUUUAUCCUCAGCGGUGACUGGAACAGCAAGCAUAGAUGUUGGGGAAACUACUCUUCCUGCGCAAGGGAAGAAAACAGCCAUCCGCCCUCGACUUCGCUAUAUGCAAGGGCCUCCGCAGACGAAUCACAAGGACUUUCUCCUCCGAUGACCUCAGUUCUGAUCACCUCCCGAUCCAAAUUAUCCUUGAUCUAG